AUGGGGGUUGGCCAGUCGCAUGAAGAUGCCGCCCAUGCCUCGUCUCCAGAGCAACUGAGCCUGGUACUUGCGGAACGCUUUGCAAAAAAAUGCUUCACCCCCUUGGAGUUGACGCACUUCAAAGACAACUUCUUUACACGUGCAACGGAUCAGGGUGGCCUAAAAUACUGGAACGAGAAGACACUCUCGGAUUUCCUGGGCAUUCCUGACCACAGUGAUUCCCACUGCCCUCUAGAUGCAGGGCCCGUCAUCUUCCGUAUGGUUUCUUACCUUGGGGCAUUUCCGUUCCAGACUACGCUUGCUCCGAGUGUGUUGACCUUUGAGGCGAUGGUCAAGGUAGCUGUGCUGCUGACAGAGCGGUACGGCAAGGUCCUCCGCCGAGGGCAGAGAAACAGGAUUAGGCUAUUAUUCGGUAGCCUGGCUGACGUUGGGAGGAAGGACAUUGAAAAACCUACGCAGACAGAAGAGCAGGCGGAGAACACCAACACGGCGGCUUCUCAUGUUCCUGGAUUCGAUAUCGACGAGCCAGCCAACGACGACUAUGAGGAUGACGACGACGAUCUUGCACUUGCUGCCUUGGAGUCAUUGGACGCGAUUGAGGUGUUCAAGCAUGGUUCGCGCAUUGAUAGAAAGGUCUUUGAGGCGCGGAUCUCCACGAACACGUUCCGUCGUCUCCUAAUGCUUCUGAUUGUGAUUGCGCCUCUGAAGACUCUUGAGGAUGUCAGCGUCUAUACUUCCAAUCUUGGCGAGGAUAUGAUGCUUGCUGUCCGCAGAGCAGCGGAUAACAUCCUAGCAGCCUUCACUGAAGAACCUUCAGGAGGAAUCAGCUAUAAAACAUUCGCGGAUACGAUUAGCACGUCCUUCCCCUACCUUUUUGACCCUUUGACGCCUUUAUUUGAGCAUCUUCUUUUUAGCAAGAACCUCGACUUUUCUCAAAAGCGAGGAAGUGAUGCUACUGAAACGCCGCCAGCUCCAACACCACCGGCCCUUCCUCAAUCAAUAAUGCUUCCAGGAAGCUUUGAAUCGACUAUCUUGAACGCAAGUGUCAUAUCCCACCUCUCCUUCUUCCUCCCUUCGACAUCCAUUAAGCAGAACAUUCUACACGGCAACAUUCGCUUGCACCCCGUUUUCUCAACCUCCGCCCACGGUUCUUCCCUAACAUCCUUCUCCCACAAUGUCCUCACCUGGCAAUCAGGGACCCUCCUCCUCCUCGAAGGAGUAGACACCAAAUCCAACACACCCCUCAUAUUAGGCGCCUACCUCCCUCAACCCUGGAAAUCGCCCACAUCAACAAGCUCUAAUACAUCAGUCCCAACCCUACCGGCCCUCUUCCAACUAUCGCCUAAACACACCCUUCUCCAGGGAAAUCCUUCCAGCACCCUCUCAGCAAAAUCGAACCUUCCAACCGCCUACUUCUCACAGCACCACGGCAUCUCAAUUGGGUGUCAACUUCCUCCUGCAUCGCGAACUUCAAAGCCCCCACCAACCCCACACGGCGCCGGAUCCCUCCUCAUAAACACAACCCUCGAGGUCGCAGAACUCCACAUCUCCCCCUUCGGUCACGACGGUGUCUUUCUACCGCCCGUCCCCAGUUCAACCCCCGACUUCGGAAACGCCGCUGCCACCAAAACAACCAUCGACAUCUACACCCUCGAAAUCUGGGGUCUCGUCCCGGAUCCCGAGGCCUCGGCGUCCUCUGCUUCCGUCCAAAGUAACCGGGCACAGAGCGCCGUCGAGAUCCAGCAGGCGAAGUGGGACUUUGAGGCGAGGGAAGCUGAGCGACGGCGCAAUAUCAAUCUGAAAGCUGGUGCUGGAGAUUCGGCGGCGGAGUCAGCAAGGUGGUUGUUGGAGACGGCAGGGAUUAUAGGGGAUGAUAGUGGGGCUGGUAGAGCCGGGGGGAGUACGUAG